CGCGACGCUCGCCGAAGCGGAAACGAUCCUACGAUGCAGCCGGAGAUGCUGCGCUCGCAUACGCAUACGACGACGAGCUUACGAGCGACGCCGACAACCAAUUUCCAACCCCAGACCAAGGCAGUGAAGACGAGCAGACCAAUGGCACAGGCGCGAAGAGACGGAAGGUGGAGAGACCGACGAGAUUGAACUAUGUGCCGUACAUGACGUUGCGAGGACACAAGCGCGGUGUGGCAGCGGUCAAGUUCUCACCUAAUGGGAAAUGGAUCGCAAGUUGCUCGGCGGACAGCACUAUCAAGAUAUGGGACAGCCAGACUGGAGCGCUUUCACAGACCCUCGAAGGACAUCUCGCAGGCAUCAGCACGAUAGCAUGGACACCGGACUCGAAAGUGAUUGCAUCGGGCUCGGACGACAAGAUUAUUCGAUUAUGGGAUAUUUCCACCGGCAAAGCUCUUCCUUCACCAUUGGUAGGACACCACAAUUAUGUCUACAGUAUCGCCUUUUCUCCGAAAGGGAACAUGAUGGUCUCAGGAUCCUACGACGAAGCAGUGUUCCUCUGGGAUGUGCGUGCAGCACGGAUCAUGCGAAGUCUCCCUGCGCACUCUGAUCCGGUCUCUGGUGUUGAUUUCGUGCGCGACGGAACACUUGUGGUGAGCUGCAGCAGUGACGGUUUGAUUCGACUGUGGGACACCAGUACCGGCCAGUGCUUGAAAACGCUAGUCCACGAAGACAAUGCACCUGUCACGAGUGUGAAGUUCUCGCCGAAUGGGAAGUUUGUUCUCGCUGCUACUCUGGAUUCAUGUCUACGCCUAUGGGACUACGUCAAUGGAAGGGUCGUGAAGACAUAUCAGGGUCACAAGAACAGCAAGUUUAGUAUCAGCACAUGUUUCGGCACUGAAGACGGGAAGACUCAUCUUUGGGAUGUCUCCUCGAAAGAGACCUUGCAGGUACUCGAUGGACACGAGGGCGUGGUGCUCGGCGUGGACGUUGGACUGGAAGACCAGCGACUGGCAACAUGCGGUGUUGACAAGACGAUCAGGAUAUGGCGGCGGAUACCAGUGCCUUCCGAUGCGACGAAUGGCGACGGCAGUGGCGACGGCAAUGUCAAUAACAAUGGCAAUGGCAAUGUCAACGGCGAUCAUGCGGCGACAGGAGCGGCUCUCUCGGACGAUGAACGAGUGAGGGAGUCUGAUAUUGGAGAUUCGACGGCAUGA